AUGGCGGAGGUACAGCCAGCAGGACCACUGGCCGAGGAGGUGGUAGUAGGAGCACCGUUAGGCGAGGAGAUCCAAAGGCACGCAGAAGAAGAAGCGAAUGCCGCCCAAGCCGACCACUUGGAACAAGAAGAAGACGUGAGUGCUGCCUUCUUGUUGCGACGCAUCUUGGGCCCCACAGAUCCCCGUCGCAUGGAGUUAUCCAAGGAAGAACGAGAUUGGGCGUUGGAUAUCAAGGAUGCGGUUCAAGAAACGGCCGAGUUGAACGCCCUCACAGAUUUCCAAUACGCGCAAAUGGCGAUUAUUCAUCAAGAUGAUAUUGGCGCUGCCCUGGAAGCCGCCGAAGUGUUGCAGGAAACGAGAAAAGACUACGACAUUCUAGAGACUGUUCCCGAUGCCCAAAAGAGAAUUGAAACAUUGCUUCAACUGUCACCGGGCAUGAAUGUAUCCUUCUCCUUUUCCCACGACGAUGGAUGCUACGUGUGUGUCUUUGACUAUGCCAAGCUGGACGUGCAAAAGUUGAACAUUGCCGACAAUGCCCGCAAUUCUGUUGCCGGAGGAUAUUAUCAAUUGCAAAGUUUUUCACCCGACUUGGAUUCCGUUCGCAAGGGAUCCAUUUGGUUGGUCGAAUGCGACGGAUACCAUUGGAUACCCCAACGGGGAGAUUUGAAAUUCUCACGAGAAUAUUGGACUGUCCUCGGGGGUGUCUACCCCUUUCGACUACAAGCCUACAAGUGCUUUCAUACACCCGUACUCUUCAAUGUUAUCAAAUCCAUGAUACGCCCUUGGGUGCCUAAAGAUAUAUACGGCAUUAUUCAAUUGGGAUGUCGAUCACCGGGACGACUCGACUCCUUUUACAUGAUACCCACUGGAGAGGCGGCCAAUCAACGCUAUCUCAAGCGCAUCCUCGAAGCACUGCAACGACGAUACGAGAACGAACGAAACUUUCGAUUGUGA